GAGAUAAGUUUGCAUGAAGGAUGAUGGAGAGAGUGCCAGGGGCGUUGGGAACAAGCGCCAGCUUGGCUCUUCGUUUGGGACAAACUAUUUUCUCCUCUGCUUCACUUCUGUUCAUGUGUUUGGAUGUUGAAUUCUAUAGCUACACUUCUUUCAGCUACUUGGUGACAGUCAUGGGUUUAGUAACUCCAUGGAGCGUGUCAUUAGCAUUGGUCGAUGCAUAUUCCGUGUUUGUUAAAUGCUUACCGCGACAUCCAAGGGUACUGCUGAUCCUCAUUGUGGGGGACUGGGCCUUGUCUUUUCUCUCACUAGCCGCGGCCUGCUCAACUGCUAGCGUUACCAGUCUCAUGGUCAGUGCUGGCCCAUCACGUUGCCCAUCGAGGUUAUGUAGUAGAUAUCAAUUGUCUGCGGCUAUGGCUUUCUUGUCCUGGUUCCUAUCAUUCGCUUCAACUCUCUUCAAUCUUUGGCUCCUUCCAUCUCUGUAACGUCCCCAUUUUUCACACACAGAAAACCCAGUAGGCAAAUCUUGACAGGUUUCUUAGAUGCUCAAAAUUUGCGAAUUGUACAUUGACAGUAUAUCAUAUACAAACAACAAAAUCUCGAACGAUCGAAAUUGGAUUUCCAUGAUUUUGAAUAAAGGUUAAUGCCUAUUCACGUUU